AUGUUUGAAACAACAAGCUUUCAGAUCAAACAUGAUUAGUGUGGGCUGCUAGCAUCGCAUGAGAUCAUUUCUGCGUGUUUUGUGUGUGUGUGUGUGUGUGUGUGUGUGUGUGUGUGAGUGUGUGUGGGAGGGGCCGCUCACUUAGUGGCACCUGAUGCUCGACGCACAUCAGGCCCCCUUCAGUCCCGGCAAUCAGCACAGCGAGUGAACGCGUUCAGCUGGACUAUCACAAAAACAGCUAUUUACAUGAAUUUGCUCUGCACGCGUUCAGCUGCAGCUGCAGAGGAGAACAGCCUUCAGUGCGCGCGCUCACCCUUGAGUCGCACCGUGAGUCCCGCGCGCUUCACUCGCUCUGCAUUCACCGGGAAGGGGGAACAAACGGGGGGGGGGGGGGGGGGGUUUAUGUGCACUUUUUUUUUUUCUCUCUUUUUUUUUUUAAGAAUCCAUGAAACCGCAUAACCCCCGCGGGGUCAGUUCACGUUGCCCGGGUUUUGUGGUUGCGUGGAAACAUAAACUACAACGACAACAAAAGAGGAGAAGGUUUUCGGUCAGCGGAGAGGAGCCGCGGAGCGCAGGAGCCAUUUCCAGAGACGCGUCCGCGGGUUUCCCGCAGCGGAUCGGGUGCAGAGGUUGAGCGGAGCCGCCUGGUUGGCGCGGACCGAUCCGCGGCGCUGACCAGCGGGGGAGCCGCUCCAUCCACCCAGAGACGCGCCAUGGAGACGAGAGCAGAAACGGGAGCAGCGACGUUCGUCAGCACCAGGGGAGGUUGAUGUGGACUUCCACCCUGAACUCCUGCGGUCUUCCCUGGAGCAUGCCCGUUGCCCACCAUGCACCUGGCUGCAGUCUGGCUACUGCGUUACUCGGUGGUCAUGUGUUUGCUGUUGCACAGCUUGGUCUUGAUGGCCUUCUGCUUCCAUCAUGCUGCCACCACUUGCUCCAAGAGGUGCUACUGCUCUGAGACGGAGAGUGGAGGCAAGACGAUGCGUUGCAGCAAUCUGCAGCUCACGGAGAUCCCAGAGGACAUCCCCAACGACACGCAACGUGUCUACCUUGACUUCAAUCUUCUAUCCGCAGUUCCAACGAAUGCGUUUGCUGGUUUGACCCACUUAGUAGAACUGGACCUGUCGCACAACGAGAUAAGCCAGCUGGAGCCUGGAGCAUUCAGAGGACUCAGCUCCUCCCUGCAGUUCCUGGAUCUGUCUUCAAACAAGUUGGUGAACUUUAACCCUGACGCCUUUGAGGGCCUUCGAGCUCGCGCCAACCUGACGAACAAUCCGUGGCUUUGCGACUGCAAUUUGCAGAUGGCAUUGCCCCGUGUGGACCUGGAGCCAGCCUCGCUGACGGGUAUAGUGUGCCAGACGUCUGAUCCAGAGGAAAUAGGAGUUCAAGGACUUGCGUUCCUGUUGGAACCGGAUAUAGACCUGUGUGUGGUGAUGAAGAGGACUACAGAUGUAGCUAUGCUGGUUGUUAUGUUUGGCUGGUUCACCAUGGUCAUUUCCUACCUGGUCUACUACGUCCGUGCAAAUCAGGAGGAUGCCCGCAGACACUUGGAGUAUCUCAAAUCGUUGCCCAGCAGGCAGGGCAAGUCAGAGGAGUCCUCCACCAUCAGCACUGUGGUGUAGUCACAAACAGAACCUAAAAUCCUAAAUCACCACAAGCAGGUGUGGCAUGUAUCUAGACAAUAAUAGGGAAUCUCAAGGAUUUCCUUGCUGUUGAAGAGAGGAAAUAAAACAUUUUCGUACACAGACAGACUGAGGUGGAUGUAAUGUAGUCCAGAUAAAUAAUUCAUCUUUCUGGAGGCCAUUAGAACUUUUUGUUGGCUGAGUUGAUGGCCUUGUCUCUACACUAAGCAAGUAAAAGCAGUGAACUCCAGAAAUGGGAUACAAAUGGGUUUUAUCCAGUGGUGCAUGUAUCUCAACGCUCCUCUACAGUGGUCAAGACACAGUUAGCAAUAUCAAUGGUCUGACAGUGCUAUUAUCACGCUCUGCGUAAUAUGUUUCUCAGCAGAGUCCUAAUAUUAUAGACCCAUCUAAUACAAGUAAAAACGGCAUUUUCAAGUUAAUAUGAUGUUCUGUGAGUUUGUCUCAUUGAAAACAAUAAAGACACACUGCUUCAGAGCAGUUAAUCAAACGUUUGGAACUUUAACACAUUUUGUUACAGCUGCAAACGUUGGUGUAUGUUCUUAGCUCAACACAAGAUAAAGUAUAACUGUGAAAUGAACAUGAAAUAUGUGUUUUGUGUGGUGCACAUUAACCACAAUGACAACUGCCUUCCUAUGCAAUUCCACUUGAUUCUCAUCUCCCUUCACUGCAUCAUCUGGAAUUUCUCUGACUUUAUUUCUCUAGUUGAUUUUCAACUGGGCCAAUCAGCGAAAAGGAAGAGUUGUGAACAAUGGCGUUGAGUUUCUGUGCUGUUUUAGAAUUGUAGUCUGCCUAAAUAGGGUUGUAGUUUGGCAAUGACAGUGGAGCGGAGGAUGUGAACAAAGACAUUCAGUCCGCGUUGGCCAUGCUUCCAAAUAUUGAGAAAUUUAAAUUGGAGCAAGAGGAAUGUUUAAGACAUUUUAUUGCUGGCAAAGAUGUUGUUCAGCUCGGCACUUCUCCCUUGGAAUCCUUGGGGGACGGUAGUUUACAACGAACAUAAUUUCCAGUAACUUUCAAAGCUUACUGGAAAUGUAUCAUGUCCAAACGUUAGUCUUUGGAUAAAAUCAGGUCAAACUUAAAAGAGAGUCCACCCCUCCAGGAAGCAGUCAUUUCACAAUAGCUGUAGGACCAGACCCUUUGGACGAAGCAAGGAGUAGAACAAGGGGGUGGAUUGUACCAGGGUAGGUGUACAUAUGUGUUCAACUAAUUUUUCUGCAGUAAAUCUAAGUUCUGAAAUGAUAUCCCAAGCUUUGUACAUUUUUAAUCCAUUAUCUGAAAUGGACUGUGAUGGACUGACGACCUGCCUGGGGUGAACCCCGCCUCUCGCCCAUUGACCGCUGGAGAUAGGCACCAGUACCCCUCCUGACCCUACUAGGGAUGAGAGUGUAAGAUGAUGGACGGACAGACGGACGGAUGGAUGGAAUGACACAACUGCUAAUUGAACAAGACAUAGCCAACUACAUAAAUUGACAUGAAGUAGCUAACAGCCCAACUGUAACUCUAGAAGCCGCAGACAUUCACAGCUAAAGAAGAAUAAUCCGUUUAAUGGGAUAAGAAGUUUUCAGUUUUACAUAUCUGGCCUUUGUAGAAGAGUAGCAUUAAGAAAACCAUUGCUAAAAGGUUUCAUUUCCAGCUUGCCACCAUGGAUGGGUGUCUGGAGGGCUGCGGGCAAAUGUGGAAGAAGGUCUCGUUGGAUGUGACCAACACUUAACUACAUCCAAAACUCUGUGUGUGUGUGUGUGUGUGUGUGUAGGGGGGGAGAGGUCAGCAGGGAAUGGGGGCGAGAAGUGGAGGAGUGUGAAUACACCAUCCCCAUUGUCAGACAUAAUGGUGGCAGCAUCAUGUGGCAAUUCUUUUCAGACAUGCCACAUGAAGCGUAGACCCCUUCAUCACUGAAGGAGGCUACAACGGAAGAUGGCUGCAGUUAAGUACAGGACAAUCCAGGAGGAAAGAUUUUGAGGCAGCAAAAGACUUGAGACUGGAGCGAAAGUUCACCUUCCAACAGGGAAACAAUGCUAAACAUUCAGUCACAAUGGAAUAGUUUAGAUCCAAGUGUAUUCAUCUGUUAGAAUGGCUCUAUCAAAGCAUAGAUGUAAAUCCAACUAAGAAUCUAUGGGAAGGAUAGUCAGAUCAGAUAAUCUACCCAACCUGGCUGAGCUUUAGCUAUUUUGCAAAAGAAAAAAAAAAUCAGUUUCUAGAUGAGUUUAGAGAGAUAAACCCCAAAUGACUAGCAGGUAUAAAAAAAUGGCUCUGAUUGACUCAGUGAGGCUAAUUACAAAUGCAAACCACACUUUUCUGAUUUCUAUGUAUGAAAACAUGUUAAAACUGUCCUCCUUCACAGUCAUGCAGUACUCUGUGUUGGUCCAUCAGUUUUAAAUUCCUAUGCAAGUGUGGAAGUUUGUGACUGCAAUGUGGAGAAGCGCGAAAAGGUUUAGGGCUAAAAAUACUUUUUCCAAGGCAGUCAAUCUUACUUAUAUAAAAAUUUACUUCUGUGAUUUAUAUUUAAUUUUUCAUUUAAACCAGAUGGAUGGCAUAGAAAAUGCUUCAGACAUCCCACUUAAUUAUCAAGAUGUCAAAUUAGAUUGGUCUGACAAGUAAAUAUUCAAAUGGUGCAAGAAAUGUGAGAACAGCAAUCUAAACAAGGACAGUUUUUAUAUUGAGAUUAGAAAAUGGCUGUCACUCGAAGUAAUUACAGGAACAUGAAGGACUCACUAAUGACCAUCUUAUUUGGAUCUGUGAUUACAAUUUGGGGGCCUCAGACCUCACUAUGUCAGACAGUGGAGGCUGAAAUAAAAAUUUUAAAUGAUUGCAAAGUGCAUUAUUUUUGGCACAGGUGAUAACACUUUACAAAUGAUGAGAGAAAAUGUAAUAACUAUAUUUUUUUAGGUUAUUUGUGUUGUCAGCAUGUCUUUGUCACAUGUAUUUUCUACGUCAUGCAGGACUUUGCAGGUUUGUUAUUUUGUGGUUGUAAAACUGGAAGCUUUUGGUCCUCUUAACUAGAUUACCCCAGCUGCUGUUUUCUUUCCAUCUAACAUCCUUAUUAAGCAGCCAGGGUGUCUCUAUGAAUUAUCUAUAAUGCAGUCACUCCCGUGUGCUUUAUAAAUAACAUUUAAGAGGUCGUGGCCGGUCAGUCCAUUAAAGGAGGCAGCAGGGAAGUGAACUUUCCAUUUCGCCGGAGCAUAUGGCAAAGAGCAACACGCACAAAUGCAUUUGAGCUCCUACUGAUGAAACAGUCAAUACCAGACCAAGACUGCAAAAACAGGGAAAUGCAUUUGAACGGGAGGCAUAAUUGAAUCCAUUACGGCCUAAACCCCGAGAUGUACUCAUCGGCUCUCUCUCCAGCGGAAAACAGCCUGAUGUGGUGCUGAAUAAUGAAAUCCGAUGUCCGAGAUGUGGGAAAGGGUUUGUCAACAAGGGUUUUCCUUGUGUUCGACACACUAAUGCCUCCAGAGCAGAGCGAGACCAAUAAGUUAUUCAUGAAUAUCACAAAAAAAUAACUUGUGCAGAAAGGCCGGGACUGCACCCAUCAUCUUCUGUGACCUACUUCUUGCGAGAAAUGAAAGGAUAGUGCCACACGGGAUCAGCGCCUCUCUGCUGUCUGACUUACAUUCGUUGGGUGAAGCACUUUCCAAAUGCCCUUGAGCUGCUGGGGAGUUUCCUGAGGAGUCAUUUUAGGCUCUCACUUUGGUUCUUUAAUGUUCAUUACCAGCACAGGAUGUCAUGUAGUUGUGUAAAUGCAGUACCACUUCAAAAUCAUUUCACUGGAAAUAUGGAUACACUUUAGACUUCUAGUGAUUUUAUGCCAUUCAAUGACAUCUGAAGUAGGUUAAUGUAGGAGUCGAGCUAACCGAGAGGGAAAUGUGAAACAAGAGUCUCACAAAGGAGUUGGGAAUAAUACAUUGGUCUAUUGAAGGAGAGACGCGGAGGAAGUUCAAACCAUUUCUUCUGUCAAUCACAAUGGUCAAGGAUCUUAUCCCCUACUCCAACAUCUCUCCACCUGGCUGUCUAACCCAUCAGCCAGACAGAGAUUUACAGUGGAAAUUCCUUUACUGUCACUGUGCAAGAAAGCACAACAACAUUUGUAAAAUAGCAACUAUUGAGGACUGUAAAAAAAAAAAAAAAGAAUAUUUAAUUAAGUAUAAUAUAAUGCGCUAAUGUAAUAUGAAAAUAUGGUAGAAACAACUGGGUUGUUAAGAGAAUGAUGAUUGUUCAGGGUUUGGAUUCAUUUGUAGUGUUCACUGCAACAACAACUCCAGACAGAAACAUGUUGUCUUCUUAAGAUAAGACAAAGAUAUUUCUUUGCUGAACCCAGUGGGGACAAAUUAAAAGUACUACAGCAGCACAAACACAAGUAAAUUAGAAAAUAUCUCAAUAAAAUUAAAAUUAAGCAGGAAAUUUGUUCGAUGAUCUAAAACAUUCAAGCGUGACAAAACAGCAAAAAGAACCCUUUAAGGAAGGGAUGUCAAACUCAUUUUCAUUUCGGGCCACAUCAAGAUCAUGAAGGUCCUCAAAGGGCUGUUUAUGGCAGAAUGUACGAAUAACCUAUUAAAAUAUUAUGUUAUUCUAUACCUUUCUAUGUAUUCAGUGAGUAGUUCUUAAAAUGUAAUAAUAUUGGACAUAUUCCCCAUUUAUGUCAUUUGGCACUACAGAAAUAAAAACAGAUUUGAUUUGACUGCUAAAAUAAUAUUUGCACAGCUUUAUUGUGUGGCCCUCUUGAGUCUUCAGGGCCACAUAAACAGCCAUUUAGUGCCCUCAAAAUCAUCACAGUAAAAAGAAACUAGAGCAACGGGGAAAGACUGUAAUUACAGCGCCUAUUUAGUGUUUCUUAUAAUUAAUAAGACUUUUUUAAUAACUUUUUUCAAAUAUGAUGGGAACAUCAAUACUGACUUGGUGGCAAAAUGGGCCACUGGCUCCUUCCAACAAUAAAAAACUUAAAAGUGUUUUAGAAAAGCAAAGUUACACUCUGUCUCCGACUCUGAGAGAGAAGUAGAGUCCUUUACAGCAACAUAUUAACUUAUGCCUUAAGAACCUUAUAGGAAUAAUUUACAGUAAUCAAGCUGUGUUUGCAUUGAUCAUAUAUAAUAGUGCAAAUUGGAAUUCCGAAAAUAAAUUCGCUUAAUGGAAACAUGUCAAUUUUUAAAAAAAGAAAAAAAAAAACAGCUUACAUUUUUAAUGAAAAAGAUUUCUGCUAAGAUAAGGUAAUUUUUCGACUGUAUCAAAAUUAUUUUAUUUCGCAAAACCACAAAACACUUUUUUUGCAUCCCAUGAGUCAUGUGAUCAACAACCGCAUGUUACUACUGAUGGAAAAGACAAAGAACACGACAAAGAAGUAACAGAACAGGAUGAUGGCGCGGCAUGUUAUUUUUAGUGACUUAAACUUAUUCAGGUGUAAUCUUAAUUGCAUUUCUUAUUUAAUGGAAACACUGCAAUUGCAAAAUUUUGUAUUUCUGACAUUGACAAAGUGUUGUGCACAUUUGUAAUGGAAUCGCAGCUGUUUUUGGACUGUGGGAGGUGGGAGGGAGGGAGAGAGCUGGAGUACCCAAAGAGAACCCAAAUAUGUACAUGGAGACACGUGCAGAUAAUUAUUAAUUGAUAUGCUGACUGUUUUUUGAAUAUGCCAUAUGUUUUCUCACCCACGCCCCAUUUAAUCAGCUCCUAUGUUCUGAUUUGUGGAGUUGGUUGUGCAGAAAAUGAUAUUGAUCUCAAGGAAGCCCUGAAGCAGUCUCCCGUGACGAGCAGGAGGCUCAACAGUACUAAAAAAUAGAUGGUAAGCCUCUCUCCCUGACAUUUCCUGCCACACACACACACACACUAACACACACACGCCAGCACACCCCUGCUCUUGUUAACACACUCUGGCGGUGGUUUUGAAAGCAGCCGCUCCUAAAGGAAAGCCACUCGCCACAAGAACGGACAAACCGAAAACUAUUAGCAGACGUGCGUGUCAGUAUUUCUCCCGGCCGAUUCGAGUGUGUUCCUUCUUUUGUUCGGCCGUAUGUACGACAGGUGUGUUUGCAUGGCGGGAGCGAGGGUGGAGGUAACCCGACGCCUGUGUUCUCCGACACACACAUCAAUGCUGCUGAGGUUAAUUUAAAUUUCAAGGCAGCUCGGCUUGCCCCAUCUGCAACCUGGGACACGUUACACUGGUGUGAGCAUUACAACUGCUGGGUAAUGGGACACAAAGUGGGGGAUAAAGUGACUCAUCCAAUCCCACAGAGCGCAGGCCGGCUCGGAGUUCAGUUGCAGCUGAAGUCCUUUCUGGGUCUGAGAUCUCUUGAGGCAAGGAUCUGAUGGGCCGCCUGAGAAGCGGCAACUUUUAGAGAAAAAGUGAAGCGAUAAAAGAUGAAUUU